UUCGAGAUAAAGGGCUGUCGAUAGGUAACACCGCCACUGGUCCUUCUCAAGUUGAUCUUGGACACUGCAACCGCGAUACGAAAGAGGAUAUAAAGGGUCUUUCCCUGUAUUUCAAUGUGCCCAUUUUGCUGAUGCACUCUCAUAUGCUCGCCUCACACGGUUUCGCCGGCUUGCAUUAG